AUGGCUGAGCUUGUGAUUGGUGCUUUUCUCUCUGCUUCCUUCGAUCUCUUGCUGCAAAAGAUUGCUUCUCCUUAUGUUAAAGACUUUUUCAAGGGAGAAAAUGAAAGUUCUGUUAAAGAGAGGCUUUUCAAGUUGAAGUCAACGUUCAAUUCUCUUGCUGCAGUUCGCUUUGAGGUGGAGAACAAGAGAAUCAAAAACCCUGCUGUGGAGAAGUGGCUGGACGAUCUUCUGGAUGCUGUUGAUGAUGCUGAGGACUUCUUUAGUGGUAUUGAAUACGAUGCUAUGAAACCCAACAAAGCUGAUGAGUCAAAGAAAGAAAAACGAAAGGCAAUAAGUAAGUUACUCUCUUGUUUCUCUAAACCUUCUACUUCAACUGACCGUGUAAGGAAUGCAAAUAUGGAGGAGAUUCUCAAGAGGUUGGAGUACUUAGCCAAUCAGAUUGGAAACUUGAAUCUUGAAAAGAAUGUUGUCGAGGUGCAACCAUCAGGAAGUUCACGUGUGAAGACUUCUCUGCCAGAUGAACCUGAACUUUAUGGUAGAAAGACUGAUGAAGAUGCUUUAAAGAAGUUGUUGAUGUCGGAUGAAGAUAGUAGUGAUGAGAAGAUAUGUGUCAUUCCCAUAGUGGGGAUGGGUGGGAUAGGGAAAACUACCCUCGCUCAAACUCUUUUCAAUGAUGAACGAGUGAAGAAGAAGUUUGAAUCUAGAGCCUGGGUGUAUGUUUCAGAUAAAUUUGAUUCCACAGCUGUGACAAAAAAUCUCCUUCAAGAAUUAGCACCGAGUGAUGCUGGUAAUGACAUGACUUUGAAUUUACUUCAAGUUAAUUUGUCAAAUAAGUUAAUGGGAAAGAAGUUUUUGAUUGUCUUAGACGAUGUUUGGGAAGAUGAUUAUGCGCAGUGGACAGAAGUGAUGAAGCCUUUUAACGGUGGAGCAAAAGGCAGCAAAAUAAUAGUAACAACAAGAAAUGGAAAAGUUGCAGAUAUCAUUCGAACUGUUGAUACACACCAACUUAGAGAAUUAUCAGAAGACGAGUGUUGGGCACUAUUUGUGAAACACGCUUCUAGUGAAAACUCUAGAAAUUAACUGAGAUCCCAAAUUUAGAAAGGAUCGGUAGAGAAAUUUCCAAGAAAUGUAAUGGUUUACCUUUAGCUGCUAAAGUUAUGGGAGGCAUCUUGAGAUCAACGUUGGAUGUAUGGAGAUGGGAACAAAUAGCAAGGAAUAAUAUUUGGGAGUUGACACAUGAAAGGAGUCAAGGCCUUCCUGCUGCCUUAGAAGUGAGCUACUACUAUCUUCCUCUACACUUGAAAGGUUGUUUUGCUUUUUGUUCAAUAUUCCCAAAAGGCUAUCAAUUUCAAAGACAAGAGUUGGUCUUAUUAUGGAUGGCGGAAAAUCUUGUCAUGCGCUCCAAGGGGAAUAGAAAAAUGGAAGAAGUUGCCGGUGAGUACUUUGAUGAUUUAGUAUCUACGUCAUUUUUUGUAAAAUCCAAGGACAGGAGCGGUAGAUCUAUUUUUCUGAUGCAUGAUCUACUUGUGGAUUUGGCUAAAAUUGUUUCUGGAAAGUAUAGUUCUUUAUUAGAGCACAAUGAAGACACUGUUAAGUUCGAGAAGAAGACACGUCACCUCGGAUGUUUAAUGGAACAUUCUACUAAUAACAAGGUAUCUAGCUAUGAUUUUGAAGGUACACAUUUGCGAACCUUUUUAACAUUAA